GCUAAAAACAAAAAAAUAAUAACACCGAUAGGUAAGCGCCUUUGCUGAUAAUCAACUCGUUAAAAAUUUCACUUCCGUAUAUCAGUUUGAUUUGAUCAACUGAUACAGAAAAAAAAACAACUGUCAAUACGAUAUAAUAGGUAAAGACAUGAAAACAAUGUCAAGUUCAAACAAAAGAUCAAAAUGUAGGUUAAAAUAAACCAAUUAUAGACACGAUGACGAUUACAAUUACGGUGAUUUGUCGAGUAUCUACUAUCGAUAUACCACUUAUGUGUAUUAAUUUACAAUUAUUAUUAUUACAUGAAAAUGUCAUCGCCUGUUCACCUGUCUCGCGUCUUGCGCGCUUGUCACUCUCACUUAAACCGUUUACCUCCUGAAAAUCUACUUCCUACAGCCACCAGACCGGUACCAUACCAAUUGGUUCAAUUCAGUGUGGUAUUCAUUCGGACACAAUUAAUAUACGCGAGUGAAUUAAUCCUCUCACGUUACAAGCCAGCGAAAGUGAUUAACCUUGUAGACCGAAUUGUUGAAUUAGAUGCAAGCGCCAUGGAGAUUGUUUGAAUAAAGUUUAAAAAUGAUUAUGAUAUGCUACGGUACGCGCAUAAUUUACUAUCGGCGAAUCGAUUCGUUUUUUUGAUUUUUUCAGCGUAUUUUAUCGUCGAUGUGGUUCGGUGUUUUCAUCUGGCUCCGCAUUUUAAUCAAGAUUGCGGUGUGACUAAUGGAGUGGCGGCUAGACAGCCCAGAGUUUUGAAUAGUCCAUUCUACGAUGAUAUAAGUAACGAGUUCGAAGAACGAUCUGAGCCUAUAAAUAGCACCAAAUAUAAUCAGGUGCCUAGGCUGAUCAAUGGCAAAGAGACACAACCUGGAGCUUGGCCAUGGCAGGUAUCCUUACAACUACUGCAUCCAAAAUUCGGUCUCAUAAAACACUGGUGCGGUGGCGUACUAAUUCUACCUUCCUGGAUCCUGACAGCUGCUCAUUGUAUUCAUAACGAUUUAUUUAGUUUACAACUGGCUGCCUUGUGGACUGCAGUGCUCGGUGAAUGGGAUCGAGACCUCGAUGAAAAUACCGAAAUUCGUAUCCCCAUUGAGAAUAUAUUCGUACACGAACAUUUCAAUAAUUUUCAACACGAUAUAGCAUUAUUGAAGUUGUCACGAGCCACAGGCCGUUACGAUAAAGGCAUCGGUACGGUUUGUUUGCCUUCCGGAGGUGAGCUGAGUGCGCCCAGUAUAUGUAUCGCCACAGGUUGGGGUAAAACUAGUCCUAAAGGGCAGCUCUCUAGUACAUUGAGACAGAUCAGAGUACCUCUGCAUAAUAACACAGUCUGUAAAGCGAAAUACGGAUCCACUAUACCGAUCCAAUCUAGUCACUUGUGCGGCGGGAAACUGGAUGGCAAAUUUGGAGCUUGCAUCGGUGAUUCUGGAGGACCUCUUCAAUGUACUUUAAAAGAUGGUCGAUGGUUUCUAGCCGGCAUAACGUCGUUUGGUUCUGGUUGCGCGAAACCAGGAUAUCCGGACGUGUAUACUAAACUUUCAUUUUAUAUGCCAUGGAUCAAGAAUCAAAUUGAUAAAUAUUCACGAACGAAUUUGUAAUUUAUUCUAAUAAAGCGUUAUUGUUCAUUUUUU